UAAAAUGGAGAGCAUCAUCAACUCUCUCCUCUUCCAUGGCCUAAGAAGCUAUCUCAGAGUUUACUUUUACUCUUUCAAAAAACAAAAACAACUUCUAUGGAAACUUGUUUCCUCACGACUUUUGUUAUUAUCCUCCUUUUCUGCUUAGCAGAGACUUGCUAUGGUGGAGGUGUGAUGUUCUCUUCCCUUCCUCAAACACUAGUUGUCUCUGCUUCUCCUCAACAAGGGCAAGGUAAUUGCAGUACUCUCCUUUACACUGCUGAGAAAACCCAUAAACACGAAGAGUCCAGUGUCCUAAAUGCUGGAGAAGACACAAUAACUCUGACCUGGGGUUUGAACCAGAGUUUCACAGCAGACAUGGCUGAUCAGUUGUACAAGAAUGUCAUAGUGAAGCUUUGUUAUGCACCGAUCAGCCAGGUUGACCGAGCAUGGAGGAAAACUGUGGACAAUCUGAGCAAAGACAAGACAUGCCAAUUCACCAUUGUUAACAAACCAUACCAAAGAAAUCAGAGCUCUGAUCAGUGGAUGGUUGAGAAAGACGUGCCAACCGCGACUUACUUCGUGAGAGCCUAUGCUUAUAACUCUGCUGGUGAAGAGAUGGCUUAUGGCCAAACCACUGAUGAUGGAAAGAAGAGCAGCAAUCUGUUUGAAAUCCGGGGAAUCACUGGGCGCCAUCUCUCGCUCCACGUUGCUUCUGCUUGCUUCUCUGCUUUCUCUUUGGCGUCUUUGUUCGGGCUUUUCUGGAUGGAGAGGAGAAAGGUGUCAGUGAAGAAAUGAGAUUGAAAAGCAGAGAUGUAUUGUUGAUCGGUUAAUUUCAUAGAUAUUGUGUGUGUGUGUGUUUUUUUUUUUUUUUUUUUUUUGUCUCCAUUGAAUUUACUGUGAAACUCAUCGGUGUUUUGAGAAAUAAAAUGCAAUCUGCAGCUUGAGGUUGAAUGAUUUGAAACUUGCAUUCAUCUAGUGAGCAACCUGUUAAUUGAAAUGAUUUGAGUCAUUGCUGUUGUUGCCAAGGUUAUGAAGAUUAAAAAACAAAAAAGUUGUGUGUCCUCAAUCAAACAAAAUCAAUUAUCACCGUUGCACCAA